AUGAGUGAACCAUUGAUUGGACGCCUAAUUGAGCGCUCAUUCGUUGCGUUAGUGUUCAGUGUUUCGAACGUGUGGUUAGUCUUCGCUCUCUUUCUUCCGCACAAACCGAUCGUUCGAUUCAUUCAUCCAUUCGUUGAGAGGAAGCCUUUGAGAAGACAUCACUUGAACUGUCAUUCAAUUCACACAUCGAUUACAAUACAAACGACUCGAGAGAUGACAUCCAAACGCAAGAGCAAAGAGUUACCGGUCGUCGGCGGCGGAGACGACAAGACGUGCGCCAAAGAGGAGGCCAUCGAUGGGCCGACGGGUCCGAAGAUGAAGAGGACUAACGAGUCGGUGGACACAACUCCAGACUUUGCGGACCUCUUGAGUGUUGCGUUCAAAUUGAAAGCGAAUGAGAAGAACUGGUCGGACGUCAUAUGGGAAAUGAGCUGUCGAUACGAAGAUCUGAUCCUCAAAUUGAUGUCCAAUGGGGUUCAGAUGAAGGCAGUGCUCGACGACAAGGAGUCGGAGGCCAGCGAUCGGCUCCACAGACACGAGUGUCUUGUAAAACAAUUUGUGACAAUUGUGAACGACUUUAGACCCCAAUUAGACCUAUUGCGGGAAGCGUGCGCUAAACAGUCGGAACUGUUGGAUCAAAUCGGUGAAUUCAAAGAAUACUAUUGUGUGACAAACGAACCGCUCGUCUGUGAUAUAAAAGGGGAAUCGCGAGUGAGUAACGCGUUUGGCAUCACAUCCUAUGUCUCUCUCCAUCUAAUCGUCACAAUCCAUCUCUUCGUCUCCGGCCUCCAGAGCCCACUCCGACUCCGCUCUCAAAAUACAACGUCAAUCCCGUUGUAUCACAACAUCACUGGAAAGGAGAGAAAGUGUAGGCAAAGGGAGGCCGAGAGAGUGUGUGUUAGCGAGAGAGUCAACAAAACUCAACCAGCGUUAGUUACGCUACGAAGGCAUGAGCCGUCUAUACCCUGGGGUUUCCGACUGGCCGGUGGUGUCAAUCAGGGCCAGCCCUUUAUGGUCCAGAAAACAAAUAUGUUUUACAGAAUCGCUUUUAAGUUAGUCCAAUGA